AUGACUGUUCCACCAGUGACCAGUCCACCUGUGGCCCUUCCACCAGUGUCCAUUCCACCCGCAGCAGUUCUACCUGCGACUAUUCCACCCACUGCCCUUUCACCGCCGAUCGUUCCACCCACAGGCUUUCCACCAAAGACCGUUCCACCCGCAACCGAUCCACAUGACUGUUCCACCUGCCACCCUUCCACUCUCGACAGUUCCACAUGGCCCUUCCACCCGCAACCGAUCCACACGGCUGUCCACCCACGACCAUUCCACCCGCGGCCCUUCCACCGCAACCUUUCCACCCAUGGGCCUUCCGCCUAUGGCCACUCUACGCAGCCUUUCCACCCGCAACCAUUCCUCCCACCACCGUUCCACCCACAGAUGUUCCACCCGCGACCUUUCCACAUGUGGGCCUUCCGCCAAUGGCCAUUCUACGCAGUCUUUCCACCUGCUACCAUUCCUCCAACCACCAUUCCACCCGCGGCCGUUCUACCCGGCCCUUCCAUCCGCGGCCCUUCGACGCAGCCCUUCCACCCGCGACCGAUCCACACGGCCGUUCCACCACCGACCAUUCCACCCACGACCGUUCCACCCAUGGCCGUUCUAUGUAGCCUUUCCACCCCUGACCAUUCCUCCCGCCACCAUUUCACUUGCAGCUGUUCAACCCACCCGUUCCACACGACCCUUCCACCUGCAGGCGAUCCACAUGGCCGUUCCACCAGCAACCAUUCCACCCAUGGCCGGUCUACGUGGCCUUUCCUCCCUCGACCAUUCCUUCCGCAACCAUUCUACCCAUGGCCGUUACACCCAUGA